GCAGGCACCCCCUGGUGGUGAGCACAGCUUGGGUGGGCCUUGCUGAGGCCUGGCUUCUCAGUUCAGAUCCCUUCCCUCUCUGCUUUAUGCUUAGGAUGAGGGCCCAGCCUAGGCCACACAGCAGGCUGGCAGUUGAGUUGGCUGGGUUGGGACCAGGGACUCCUAUUCUUGGUUUGGUGAAACCCCCUGAGCUGGUGUCAGGUGCCACUGGUACUGGGGAUCUCACCACGAGGGGACAGAUGGAGCUAGGGGCCGGCAAGAUGGUGGACGAGGCCUUAGCUGGGCUGGAUGAGGGAGCUCUGCGGAAGCUGUUGGAGGUCACAGCGGAUCUGGCGGAGCGGCGGCGCAUACGCUCGGCCAUCCGAGAAUUGCAGCGGCAGGAGCUGGAGCGUGAGGAGGAGGCCCUGGCAUCCAAGCGCUUCCGUGCUGAGCGGCAGGACAACAAGGAGAACUGGCUGCACUCUCAGAAGCGGGAGGCCGAGCAACGGGCUGCUCUGGCACGGCUGGCAGGGCGGCUGGAGUCCAUGAGUGAUGUGGAGGAGCUGACCGUGCUGCUGCGAAGUGCCGGUGAAUACGAGGAACGCAAGCUGAUCCGGGCUGCCAUCCGCCGCGUGCGGGCCCAGGAGAUUGAGGCUGCCACCUUGGCUGGGAGAUUGUGCAGUGGUCGUCCCAACAGUGACUCAAGCGAAAACAGCAAGGGACUGGCAGCCCACAGGCUGGAACAGUGUGAGGUGCCAGAGCGAGAACAGAAGCAGCAGGUAGAGGUCCCGGAGCCAACCCCAAGCCCUGAGGGCACCAACCAGGAUGUGACCACGGUGACGCUCCUACUGCGGGCUGCACCUGGGGGCACACCCAGGUCACCUACCUCACCCAACAGUUCGCCCACCACUGCCUCUCCUGAGCCUCCACUGGAGCCUACUGAGGCCCAGUGCCCUGCUGACAAGGCUGUAGGCACCUCUGAGCCACCACCCACCCUGUCCAGGGCCACCAGCCCUGAAACCCAGGAGCUGCCAGCACCCCCCUGCACUGAGGGACAGGUGGUCAACAAGCUCCAGCCUGGUCCCACGGAGCCUGCAGCUGCCGAAGAUUCCACCAGAAGUGCCUCCAACACAAAGCGAACAGACAUGGCAGGACCCCGUCCCUGCCAACGCUCCCUGUCUGUGCUCAGAUCCCGCCAGCCAGUCCAGAACCAAGAGCCUACCCCCCUUGCUGGCGGACUCUCGCCAUUCCAGCGGGCUGGCUCUGUGCGUGACCGCGUACGCAAGUUCACAUCUGACUCUCCUGUGGCUGUUGCACGCCAGGACGGCUCAUCCCGGGCAGAAUUAGGUCCCUCGACCCCCGCAAGGCUCCCAGGCCCUUCCCUCAUCAGCACCACCCCUGCCUCCUCCUCCAACAACUCCUCACAGGACCCUGGUGCUACCUCCUCCCAGUUCAGUAAGAAGCCAGAAACAGCCCGUCCCCUGGCCCAGCUUCAGAGCUGCCCCCAGGGGGAGGGCCCCCGGGGGCGGGGCUUGGCUGCCAGGCCCCUUGAAAACGGAGCAGGGGGGCCCGUGGCCUGUACAGAGGAGCCCAGUGCCUCACUGCCUGUCGGCACUGCCGAGCCAGGGGGCAGUAUGAAGACCACAUUCACCAUCGAGAUCAAGGAUGGCCGAGGCCAGGCCUCCACGGGCCGGGUGCUGCUUCCCGCAGGCAACCAGAGGGCAGAACUGACACUACGGGCACCUCCUACCCUCCUCAGCACCAGCAGCGGGGGCAAGAGCACCAUCACCCAUAUCAGCAGCCCAGGGACCCUGUCCCGGGUGGGCAAUGUUACUCAAGUUACCAGCUUCAGCCAUGCCUCCCCUGGUAACCGGAGAGGCUACAGCAUUAAGAUGGAGCCAGAGCCAGCAGAGCCUUCUGCAGCAGUGGAAGUGGCCCAUGACGCCAAGCAAACCCAGGUGAACAAAGCACCAGAGAGGCGGAGCCCACUGAGUACAGAGGAGUUGAUGGCCAUUGAGGACGAGAGCGUCCUGGACAAGAUGCUGGAUCAGGCUACAGAUUUUGAGGAGCGGAAGCUCAUCCGGACAGCACUCCGUGAGCUCCGACAGAGGAAGAGAGACCAGAGGGACAAGGAGCGGGAACGGCGGCUACAAGAGGCACGGGCCCGGGCAGGGGAGAGCCGAGGCAACACAACCACCGAAACCACCACGCGGCACAGCCAGCGGGCAUCCGAUGGCUCAUCUGUCAGCACUGUCACCAAGACCGAGCGGCUCGUCCAAUCCAGUGAUGGCACACGGACGGCCCGGACCACCACGGUGGAGUCAAGUUUUGUGAGGCGCUCGGAGAAUGGCGGUGGCAGCACCACAGUACAGACCAAGACUUUCUCCUCCUCUUCGUCCUCCUCCUCCAAGAAGAUGGGCAGCAUCUUUGACCGCGAGGAUGAGGCCAGCCCUCGGCCCGGCAGCCUGGCGGCACUAGAGAAACGCCAAGCAGAGAAAAAGAAAGAGCUGAUGAAAGCACAGAGCCUGCCCAAGACCUCGGCGUCCCAGGCGCGCAAGGCCAUGAUUGAGAAGCUGGAGAAGGAAGGCGCAGCAGGCAGCCCUGGCGGUCCCCGCACAGCCGUGCAGCGCUCCACCAGCUUCGGAGUCCCCAACGCCAACAGCAUCAAGCAGAUGUUGCUGGACUGGUGCCGGGCCAAGACGCGUGGCUACGAGCACGUGGACAUCCAGAACUUCUCCUCAAGUUGGAGUGACGGGAUGGCCUUCUGUGCCCUGGUUCACAACUUCUUCCCAGAGGCCUUCGACUAUGGUCAGCUCAACCCACAGAACCGGCGCCAGAACUUCGAGGUGGCCUUUUCAUCUGCUGAGACCCAUGCGGACUGCCCGCAGCUCCUGGACACAGAGGACAUGGUGCGGCUUCGAGAGCCUGACUGGAAGUGCGUGUACACGUACAUCCAGGAGUUCUACCGCUGUCUGGUCCAGAAGGGGCUGGUAAAAACCAAAAAGUCCUAACCCCUGCUCGGGGCCCCACGGUGAGAAAUGCUGCCUUGCCCGCCUUCCCCCGUUAUGCUGGAAUCUGCUCAGUAGGGUGCAGAGAGAGACCUGGGAAGUGGGUGGGGGAGCAAGGGGACCAUGAGAGGAACCAGAAGAGCCAAAUAUGACCCUGUUUCUGGUCGUUCAAGGCCUAGCAAGUGACACCUUUCUACUAAAUGGCAGCAAAAACCCAGGUGAGCAGGUCUGAGAGGGAGGUAGCCCAGGAGACUGUGGGAACCCAGUGGAGUCAGCUGACCGGCCUGCAAGUCUGGGACAGCUGCCUGAAAAAAAGUGCAAACUAGGCUGGGAUCUGACCAAGUUCAGGCCAACAGAAGAACAGGGAGUCCCAGGCAGAGGGGUCAGCCUAGGCACAGAGCCAAGGUUGAGUGAGAUGGAGAGCACGACACACUCAGGAAGGGCAAGAAGUUUAGUCUAGGUGUGAGGAAAAGAAGGGGCUGCAGCCGAACUUCUACCUGAGGCAAGAGUCAUGAAGGGCUUCCGGAUGGAGAAUGGAUACAUGUGGUCUGGUUAGCAUUCUAGAAUAAUGCUGGAAUUAUUCCCUUCCCUUGGGUGAGGGAAGGGAAGGAAGGGAUGUACUAUAAUAGAUAGUCGGAGCAGCUUGAACAGGACAAGCUUCCUGAUGGAUCCAGCUUAGGUGGGGAGGAGGGCCCACAAAGCUGCUUGCCUCUAGUUUGUGCACUAGCAACUUGCAGUGCCAGGCUCCCUGUUGGGAAGCUCAGGACCAAGGGCCAUUUAAACAGGUAGAUGUUUCUGGUUGGGGACCUGAUCCCCAAGCCAGCUGUGGCACUUCCUCUCUGAUCCCCUACUUCCCCCUCCCAGACACCUUACCUCAAGGCCACAGAGCAUCCCGAUCCUGAGCUAACUGUCCAUUCCAGACCAGGAGCUUGGAGAAGGAGAGAGGUGGCCUUAGAGUGCCCAGGGCAGGGAUUGAGGAUGAGGGCAGAGCAGGGGCCACACACUGGAACCCCCACUCUUCAUUCAGUGGCUCUUCCUUACCCCAUCACUUUUUCCUUACCCCAUUUUGUAGAAAGAAAAAGGGAUCUUUCUACAGAGGAGGGAGCUAGGAGAUGGCCAGAAGUAAUAUGAAUCAGGAGAGACCUUGGGGGGCAUUUAGAUGCCCUGGGGAGCCUGGAGCAAUUGUGGGGGCCAGUCCAUACAUACAUACAUAAACUCAGAGAAGCCAUGCAGGUGAGGGGAGGAUGGGUUUGGUGCUGUCUCCAGGUCAUAUAUGGACUUAGGAGCUGCUGCCCAGCAGGCCAGUCUGGAGGGAGAGGGGCCCAAGCCGGCCCUGAUCCAAUUGGAAAGUGUGACUCAGCCAUCCUGAUGCUCAAAUUGCCGGGUGUUUGGCCUGUCACUGGGGUAGCUGGAGCCUAGAGCCCUGAGCCCCGGUCUAAACAAUGGCUUUAUAAGGUCUCCAGGGAAGACACCAGGAGUGGGAGGGAGCUUCAAAUUGGGGGAGGGAGGCAGGAAUCCCUGGGGAGACAGCCACAGCUGGAAGAAGCUGCAGAGAGAAACUGCUUCUCCACCAUGGAGAAACACCCAGGGGAGGGGCAGGGACAACCCUAAGGUUCGGUAGCACAUCAGCAUUUGAGUCAGGAAUCCCUCACUCAUCUGAAGUGCUUCCAAGGUCUCAUCAGAGGCUGAGAAUAAACUGUUGCUAUAAUAAUGGGGAAACUGAGUCACAGGGCAGGGCAUUAUAGAUGCUUUUAGCAUCCACAUCUAGUCAGCAGUAAAACCUGGUCUGGAAGAGUCCUCCUACCUCCCAAGCUUAUUCCCUCAAGGAGUCCAGGUGAGCUUGGAGUAGGUCCCAGCCCUCCCAAGGUCCUGGGGUUGACCUUGAAGGCACAAUACAGGUAGUGCAGAACUCUUGGCUGCCUUGGGACCAAGUAAUCCUGCCCUUAGGCCUUCCUGCCGAAGGAAACUCACUUAACACUGUGUGCUUACUGUACGCAGCACAGCAGGUGAUAGGGUACAAGGCAGAAAAGGCCUUUCUUUGGGAGAGGAAGGGAAAUGGGCCCAGGGGCUGUCAGUUGUUGGAUAACUAGUCCACUGACUCCAGAGUAGGGAGGCGGCACCAAUCAGGUGCCAACACCCAUCCAGCCCUGCACUACUAAGCUGCGGCAUUUGAAACAAAUGACUGCUCUGUGACUCAGUUUCCCUCUCUGUAAAGUACAGCAUGUACACAAGGAUGGCCAUGCCCCUGAGCAUAAUGUAGAUGCUCUGAUGUAUUGGUUGGAGCCCUCCCCUGACUCCCCUGUUCUACUCAAGGGAGACAGUAAGGGUUAAAGAACUAACCUCCACACACAUACACAGCCUCCCCACACCCCCUCAGCAUUUCACACAGCAGGGCUGUCCCUUGGGGCAAGGAUAGGGGUUCCUGGGCCUCUGCGUGAGGUGCCAAGCUAGCCAACUGGCAGAUAAUUCAGAGCCCAGAGGGCCCCUAGGGCAGGUCCUGGCUGCAGUGAAAAUUUGCCAGUGGUCAGGCACCUUCAGAUGCAGGGGCCCAACAGGCUUGUGUGGGCAGGAGGCCCACCUCCAGAGAGAAGGUGGGUCUGGAGCCAGGACCUCCCCAGGGCUAGAACUCUGCCUUCCUGGAAGGGGCCACAGUUCGCCUCCUCCCUUCCGGCCUGUCUGCACCUCCGCCUGUCGGGCCCUGCGCCCCACACAGGUGCCUCCAGGCUUGAGUGAGCAGGCCUGGGGUUUCCUGCCUUCCUGGAAGGCUUUUCCCCCUUUCAGCCGAUAAAGAGCUUGUGGAAGACCAGCAGCCUACCAAUGGAAAAGACCCCGGUACAGGGUCACCCUGAGGGGCAGGGCCAGCGCUGACCAGCACACCCGUGCCCCCUCC